AUGUCCGAGGCACCGUUCAAGGGUACCAGAUCUAAGAUCAAUUAUCAAAAUUUAUUAAUAAACGACAUUCAAUAUCGAAAACCGCCUGUUAGAAACGAGUUAAGGCGGCAAUCACGAGUCUUUUCACCAUUGCCAAACCAUCUUAUUACCAGCACAUCUGAGAUCUCACCAAUUGCAAUUGAAGAAGCCGACGAAGAAGAAGAAGGAGAGAAUACCAUGGAAUUUCAGCAGCAACAGCAGUUUGUAAAUGAUAAUAAAGAACAGUUCGAAGAAUUUACAUGGACACUUCAAGCUGUAAAACAUAUUGAACAACAACUAAUAGCAAAGACUCCUGACUUUGGUUCAACAGUUGAUAGUGUUAGUCAAUGGCUCCAUUUUAACGAAUUUAUGUUUGAUAAAUUAAGUUAUCCACGGAUGUAUUGGGUGGAUGAAGCAUCAAAACAUUUACCAAGUGAUUUGAUUGAUUCAUGGUAUGUGACGGUACAACCAACAAUUGAUAAUAACUGGGACAUAUUUAAACAACGACUUAUUCAACAUGUCAAAGGUCCAAGUGAUAGUUCUUUACAGCCACAGACUCAACGACCUACAACAAUUACAACGUCACAGGAUUCGUCAACAAAAGAUGACGAUGAUUUGAAUGAAAGGGGUUUUGAAGAUUUUAUUCGUAAAAAUUUUAUAAGAUUCCUUGGCGAUAACCAGGAAUGA